UUAUUUGUACACUUAAUGCUAAAAUAUGUUAAAACACCUUAAAAGUUAACUACACUUAAGGGAGAAAGAACCAGCGUCCAGUUUUUUUAUGGACUGUCAUCACAUUUUAUGAAACUGUAAAUUAUGAGCAGUGUGAAACAUGAGGCAAGAUAACCCAGGAUUAGAAUGACCCAGGGUUAUAUUUCAAGUGUGAAAGCCCUUUUCUCGGCUUGGUUGACUCAAAAUAUGUUCAGGAGAAUUAUUGAUCUCUCUUUUAAAGAUGAGACGUCAUGUAGUUACUGCAGCAUUUUCUUAUUUUUUAUACUUUACAUCCACACCCACAAAUAGUGGCAGACAAAUGAAGUGAAUGCUGCACAACCUGCUCAGAAAUGUUUUAUCUGCAUAUUAUCUGAUGUACGGCACGGGGCGAUUUAAAAAAUGUGAAUCUAUCUGAGCUUUCGGCAGCACUUCAGCUUGGAGAUGAGCUCUGGUUUUACCAGUUUGAAAACUGCGAGACGACAGCUUCAGUUCCUCAAAAAAACCCUGUGUGUGUUCAGUGCCGAGUCAGUCCGUCGUCCUGAUUUCAGAGUGAGCUGGCACAAUGUCUGACGGAGAGCAUUUUUUGUCUGGUGGUCCGAAUAAUCACCCGGCAUGCCACAGAACGGCUAAAUCACAUGUGGACCCUCAGUCUGUGGAAAACUUCAGGAGGAAACUGAAAUAUUUCUUCAUGAGUCCAUGCCAGAAGUACAGAGCCAGAGGUCGUAAGCCAUGGAAAAUGAUGCUGCAGAUACUCAAGAUUGCCAUUAUAACCUUCCAGUUAGUUUCUUUCGGAUUGAGCAAUGAGAUGAUGGUCACCUUCAAAGAGGGAAAUAUCGUCGCCUUCAAACAUUUUUUCCUGAAAAAUUACCAGGACAGAAAUAAAGAUUAUGCCUUGUACACAAAGCACGAGGUUCAUGACCACAUCCUGUACAUAAUCAACAGGUAUCUACACCUACAAGACCUGACGGUUGAUAAUCAUGCGUUUGAGAGGAUUGAUGAAGUGUUCACUCCUCUGUCCGUCUGUCAAGAGUUAUAUCGACAUGCUAACAUCUUACCAGUCAAUGAGACCUUUGAUAUUGAUCCACAUGUAGAGACAGAAUGUCUUUAUUUUUACCCCUUUUCACUCUUCAAGAAAGAUGAUUUGGAAAAUGACAUGAACCUCACUUUAGAUUUUCAAAGGUUGUUAGCAGUAAACAUCUAUCUCAAAGUAAAGGCUAUCAACCUUCAAACAGUGCAUUACAAGGAGUUACCGGACUGCUAUGACUUUGCCAUUAAUAUCAAGUUUGACAACCAUGCACACAGUGGAAAAAUCAAGAUAACGCUGAGAAGUGAUGUUCAGAUAAAAGUCUGCAAGGACUGGAAUGUUUCUGGCUCAACAGACCUUCACUAUCAGCUCAUCGUUCUGUUCGACUGCGUGGUGAUCUGCUCCUGUUUGCUCUCGCUCAUCCUCUGCACACGCUCAGUCUACAAAGGCGUGCUCUUGCAGUUUGAGUACAUCACAUUCGCAUCCAUUUACCAUAAUAAAAGAGUUUGCUGGUCUGAGAGAAUGGAGUUCAUCAACGGCUGGUACAUUCUCAUCAUCAUCAGUGACACGCUGACUAUCGCAGGAUCAAUUCUCAAAAUAUGCAUACAGAGCAAGGAACUAACAAAUUAUGAUGUGUGCAGUAUUUUACUGGGCACAGCAACAAUGCUUGUGUGGACUGGAGUAAUGCGUUACUUCAGUUUCUUUCAGAAAUAUUAUAUCCUCAUCCUCACCCUGCAGGCUGCACUUCCUAACGUCAUCCGAUUCUCCUUCUGCGCUGUUAUGAUCUUUCUAAGCUACUGCUUCUGUGGAUGGAUCGUUUUGGGGCCACACCAUGAAAACUUUCGGUCAUUUAAUACGGUGGCUAACUGCCUUUUUUCCAUGAUUAAUGGAGAUGAAAUCUACUCAACCUUCACCAAAAUCCGAGACAAGAAUGAUCUGGUGUGGAUGUUCAGCAGGAUGUAUAUCUACACCUUCGUCCCGCUCUUUACAUUCAUGAUUCUGAGCCUCUUCAUUGCCCUUUUCACAGACACCUAUGAAACCAUCAAGCGCUAUCAGAAGCAUGGAGCGCCCUUAUCAGAGCUGCAGGCUUUCAUAGCUGAAUGCAAAGACCCACCGAACUCGGGGAAGUACAUGGUGGAUGAGGAAUCCUCCACCUUUUGGUGCCUUUGUGCUCCUUGUGUGAAUUGCACCUGAAACAGAUGAGAAAACCGCAUUGCUCAGCAUCUCAUGCAUUGCUGCAAACCAGUGGCUCUCGAUUGGUGGGCCGGGACCAGAAAUAGGUUGCAGGGCUUUUCAUACAGGAUCAUGGACAGCACAAAAACAUUAUUAAUACCAAUAAUAAAACAUGCAUAUUUUGAAACGGAGGAGAAAAAUGUUGCCACAUGCUGCCUGCACACAUUACAUGUAGCUAAUGAUCUGAAAAGGAAAGAAUGAUUCUGGGAGGAGCCAAAUACAGCUCAUAAAGCCUGAUGGAGCAUCCAACUUACUUAUGCAUUAUUAUUGUAUAAUUUAUUAUAUAUGUUUCCCUAGGCAAGAUCAUAGCACAAUUAAAAAAGUGUAAAAAUAGUGGUUUGACUUUUUAUUGAGAAUUAGGAGGCCUGUGACUGAAUGCAUUUUCUUCUGUCGAAAACUCAGAAAGCAAUUCAGUUUUGUUAAUAAACUGACAAAA